AUGCUACAUGAGCUCUUUUUGACACCAGCAUGCUCAGCAUGGCCCAAAGUACCUUGUGUGAAAGUUUCAGGAUCGAACUCGUCAAUAGCAAUUUUUGCAUUUGUCGAUCCAACCCAAAAAGUUUCAAGAGGUCGACCGGAUUUCAUUUUGGCGGGUGGUGACAUGGCCAAAUUUGACAUUCACGAGUUCAAGCCUCAAACUGGCACACAAGGUUGCUUGAGAUGGGAUGAACGCGUUGGUCCCAAAAAGAGCUCAUGCUUCAUUGUGACAUUUUGA